GCAAUAACCUUCCUGAAUGUUUUAUCUUCAGCUUCAUGUGGGACAGCGCAGAUGAUGAUGGUUCACACUCAAACAAGACAAAACUCCUGGCUCUUGGUCAAAACCAUGACCUGUUUGUCUAUGAAUUCAGUAUAGAAGAUGGAAAACACAACCCGAAUUCCCUGCACAGUUGUAAGGAAGAGACACUUAAAAAGCUCCUUGAAGCUAAAAACAUCAGUCUGCCUUCCAUUUUCUCUAUGAAGAUUCUGUCCUUUGGAAGUAACAAGUGCAAACUUCUGCUCAACCAGUUUAUCCUUGUGCACCUGACCUUUCCUGGGGAGGACUCACCCCCUGAGACCUGUGACUGCUUCCCCCUGGCUCUGCCUCCAGAAGCUGUGGCGAGAGUCACAGACUCCCAGUUCUGCAGGGGGAUCCUGUUCCUGUUGGACAGUGCUGGCUGGAUUUAUAUAUUUGGCUGCUCUGAUGGUGCCACCUUAGGGAAGGUCAGUGUGGCCCUGGCAGCUGGGCAAGGGCAGGGCCCAGCCCCUGGGGCUCCCCUGGCUGGCCUGGCAGUGUCCCCUGACCUCAGCACGGCCGUGGUGACCAGCACCUGCCACCGUGCCCUGGCUCUGCAGCUCAACUCCUACUUCAGACAGUUCCCUGAACAUUUGCUCUGUAAGAGAGAUCCAGAAAAUCUUCCAGUGCAGCCUCCAGAGGGGCUGGAUGAGGAUGAGCUGGCCAGUUCUGAGCACAGCAUGGAGCUCCUGUCGCAGCCGUUCCGCACGGACAGGUCCUGGAAGGCACAGUUGUCCUCACUGUGGGACAGAGUAAGGAGAAGAAGAACACCAGCUUCUCCAGAUUUUCACUCCAGUCAAGUGAACAACUUGAAUUUGCCUUGGUAUCAGUUUUUUACCCAUCUUGAAGAUCAUGAUCCUGCAAUCUGUGAUGAUCCAGAGAGGAUGGUGGCCUUUGUUCCCCGGGCUGUUACGUGGGCGGCUUCCCGGGCGCUCCAGAGCCAGGGCACGGCCCGUGGGGAUGCAGGACAGCAGUGGGCACAGAUCUCCGUGGCAGCACCCCAGAAAAUGGUCAAACUGGAGUGUAAACUGGUGACUGCAGCUAAAGCUGUGUUUGUGGUGCUGGCACAGGACACGGGGCUGUCUCUGGCGCUCUGGGAUUUUGAGUCCCGGGACGUGACGUGUUCCCACUUCGGCAGGAGCAGUGUCUACGUGGAGUGCAGUGCAGAGCUGCCACUGUGCCUGCUGCUGACAGAGCGUGGUCUGUGCCUGGUCCUGUUUGGUUUGACUCGGGAGGAGUUCCUGAGCAGGCUGAUGAUGUUCGGCAGCGCCGCAGUCGUGGAUGCCGUGUGUCACCUCAAUGGCUGGGAGAGGUGCUCCAUUCCCAUCCACGCCCUCCAGGCAGGUUUGGAAAAUCGCCAGCUGGACACAGUGGACUUGUUUUUAAAAAGCAAAGAAAGUGUUUUCAGUCUGUCUGCACCCUGCCCUGGGCCUGAGCACCCUGGGGAUGGCACCUCCCAGUCCUACCUGAGAAAUCUGGAGGAGCUCAAGCCAGCUUUAAACUUGCUCUGCUCAGCAAUCCAGGACAGUGACAUGGAGCCUCACAGCAAGCAGUUCUCUGAGCAGCUCCUGAGCCUCACCCUGACCUUCCUUACCAAGCAGCUGGAGGAAAUCUUUGUGCACACACAGGAACCUGAUGAAUUCCUGCAGAAGGCUGCAGAUAUUUUAACUGACUACAUCAUUAAGCUGAGAAAAUUCCUGAGGAAAUAUCCUCGAGCACCGAUGACUCCAGGGCACACGGCAGCUGAUCUGGAUGAAGACCUGCCUGAGAUAGAAGAGAGCCAAGAAUGGGAAAAACUGACACCAGAGGAGGUCAUUGCCGAGGCCAUCCUGAGCAACAAAGUGCCAGAGGCCCAGAUCUUCUUCCGAAGGCAGCAGCAUCCUGCUGAGAGCCUGCAGGAGUUUAUCCAGAUGGGUUUGAGCCUGGCCUACGACUGUCUGCUGAAGGGCAGCACCAGGGAGGCCUCGCAGCUGCUGAGGAACCUGGGCUUGGACGUGAAGCAGGAGCUGCACAAGAUCUGCCUCCACACAGAGGACAAACACGUACGGGAGCUCCUGGUGAAAGUCUUACAAGAAGAAAACUAUUUUUCUGAAAAAGAGAAGAAAAUGAUAGACUUUGUGCAUCAGGUUGAAAGCUUCUACUCAGAAUCCUUCCAGGAAAAUAAAGAGACUCAGUCUCUUUCCAGUUUCAGCUGCAGGAGGCAGCAGCAGGAGCUGUGCAGGCACCAGGCAGUGCUGGGCUCGCAGCUGUGCCGGGCCAGCAGCAGCAGCAGGAUCAGGGUGCUGCUGAGCUGGGCUCUCUGGUGGGAUGAGCUGCUGCAGGAGAUGAUUCUGCUCCCCUGGAAACCUCGCCAAGACCUCAAGACCUGCAGUCCUGAGGCCCUCUGGAUGCACCUGACAGCCCAGCAUGACUGGGUCAGCAUUUGCUCCUGGAUUGAGGAGUCAGAGCCCAGCCAGGCUCCGUGUGGCCGCUCUGCCUGGCCCCCCCUGAGCCCCGACAUCGUUGACAGGAGCACUCUGUGCAGCACCUACAUGAGACAGGACAUCCUGAACAAGCUGGCCAGAAAGGGAAUCUUUGUCCGUUCUGAGCUGGAAGAUUUUGAGCUCUUGCUCCAGAGGCUGUCGUGCCUGGGGGGAGUCUUGCAGAAUCCUCACCCUGUUCCAAAAUACAGCACUGCCAGUGGCCUGGACUUCCAUGGCCAGUUUGUCCUGCACUGCCUGGAGCACAGCCUGCAGUACCUGCUCUACACUUACCUGGACUAUUACAGUUUAACCCCUUCAAGCUGCCCUAUCCUGGAUAACAAGGAGCUGCACGAAGCCCAUCCCUGGUUUGAGUUCCUCGUGCAGUGUCGAGGGGUUGCCAGCAGUCCCCGAGAUCCCAAGAUGAUUUUCCAGGCCAGUCUGGCCAACGCUCAGAUGCUGAUUCCCAGCAGCCAGGGGGGUGUGAGCAGCAUCCUGCUGGAGGGCAGGACCCUGCUGGCCCUGGCCACCACCGUGUACGGGCCUGGGGGCAUCGACCAGGUCCUUCAGAACGAAGAUACAGAAAAACCUCUGAAGAAAGUUGAUCCCCAGCUCUUAAAAAUGGCCUUGACCCCUUACCCCAAGCUGAAGGCUGCUCUCUUUCCCUCCUGCACUGCUCAUGGAAUUUUGCCUCCUGACAUCUCUCUCUACCACCUUCUGCAGUCAUUAAUGCCCUUUGAUCCCAGAAAAUUAUUUGGCUGGCAAUCAACAAACACUCUUGCUGUGUCAGAUGCCUGGAGCGAGCUGCCCCACUUCUCCUGGCCCGAGCUGGUGAGCAGGCACGCCGUGGUGGAGAGGCUGGGCUUCCUCUUCUACCUGCGCCACGGCCGCCCUGCCUUCGCCUUCGGCACCUUCCUGCAGCAGCUGGCCAGGAGCAAAGCCCCCAGGCAGCUGGUCCAGCAGGCAGCACGGGAGGCCCGGCUGGUGGCCCUGUCCUCCUUGGGUGUCCCCUCGGUGGCAGCAGCCUGCGUGUGCUUCCUGGAGCUGCUGGGGCUGGACAGCCUGGGGCUGCGCGUGGAUCUCCGAGCUGCCAGCAGCAUCGGCACCCCCAGGAGCAGGAGCGAGGGCUCUCACCACAGCCACAGGGACAGCCUGGCUGAGAAGUUUACAAAGUUGGCUGAUGGUGAAAAAGCAGCAGCAGCAGCAGUUCUGAGCUCCCUGGAGGAGGCCUUCUGGGAUGGCAUUGAGCAGCAAGGAGUGAAGAGGACAUCCAGUGACUCCAGAAGGCAGUGGUCCUUGGUCAUGCAGUUCUGCAGGGUCCAUAACCUGGAGCUGAGCACGUCCUUCCUGAGGGAAUGUGCCAAAUCCAACGAGUGGCUGCAGUUCCUCGUCCAGACCCAGCUCCACGGCCACCAGCCAGCCCAGGUCGUUCCCCUCCUGCAGGAUUUCCCUCCCGUGGUACGAGACCACCUGCUGCUGGCCCUGGGCAAGCUGCUGUGUGCUGAGGCUGCCCGUGCAGGGAGCGUGUUCCAGAUGCUGCUGCAGUGCCAGGAGGAGCCCAGCCCCUGCUGGCACCUGCUGGCCGAGGGGCUGCGGGCACACGCGCCCAUCCUCAGCGUGCUGGCCGCCUGCUGCCCCGAUGCAAACCUCAUCUCCUGCCUCUGUGUGUGGAUCAUCACGUCCGUGGAUGGUGCCACCAGGGCUGAGGCCACCGCCCACACCCAGAGCCGGGCAGGGAGUCCCCAGUGGGACCUGCAGGACCUCGCUGCCAUCUGGAAAGUCCUCCUGAGGAAGCAAAAGAGCAAAACACUUCUCAAUGGCUUCCAGCUCUUCUUGAAGGAUUCCCCUUUGCUGCACAUCCUGGAGAUGUAUGAACUGUGCAUGAACUGUAAAAAGUACAACGAAGCUAAAACCAAACUGGAGAAAUUUCAGGAAAGCCUCACAGAACUGGGAGCCGCGGCAGGGGCGGCCCCCGAGGUGCCGGGGCCGUGGCUGCGGUCGCAGGCGCUGUUCCUGCUGGAGCUGAUGCUGCAGCAGAGCCGCACCGACUACGAGCUGGGCAAGCUCCUGCAGCUGCUGGCUGCCACAGAGAACCUCCUGCUGGAUGGUCCCCACGUGAAGAGGCUCUGUGCCCUCAGCGAGGCUCUGAGGGGCUCCUCCAUCUCCAUCAGCCGCUCCAUCCUGACCUCCUGCAGCCUGCAGGCCUUCCAGGAGGAGUGCAGCUCCAUUCUGGAGCAGCUGCAGGAGAAAGGAAUGUUCAGCCUGGCUCGGGAGGUGGCAGCCCUGGCUGAGCUGCCCGUGGACAGCGUUGUCACACACGAGGUUCUGAGAGAUCUACAUCAUUUAAGGGACACUGGACAGUGGCAUCACACCCAGACGAGAGCUGACUUCUGGAAAAAGUGCAACGACACCUUCAGCAAACAUUCCGUCUGCAGCCGAGCCGCAGCGGCCUUCUUCCUCGAGCAGGCCAGCAGCGUGUGGGAAUGCCCGGGGCAGGACACAGCCGGCCUGGGGGAGAGGCAGCUGCUGCUGACGCUGGCCGGGCACUGGCUGGCGCUGGGGGAGCCCGAGGUGGCGGUGCCGGAGCUGCAGGAGCUGGAGAAGAGGAUCUGGCAGUGCCGGGUGGCCGAGCGAGCGCUGGCGGCCGAGGGCUCGGGGCAGGGUCCCUCCCGAGUGUGCCAGUACUUCCAGCUGUGGCCCCGGGACGUGUCGCUGGCGCUGCACUGCCGGGCGCUGGCCUCGGGGGAGGCCGGGCGGGAGCAGCUGCAGCCCGAGGUGCGGGCCCUGCUGGCGGCCGGGGCCGGGACAGGCGAGGGCGGCGCGGCGAGCGGAGCCCCCAGCACACCCAGCCUGGAGGAGUGGACCCCUCUGGGGGCCCCGAGUGGGGACGAUGCCGUGGUGGCAGCGCUGAAGGCUCUGGCAGAGGAGUGUGUCCAUGGCAGGGGCUACUGCCGGCAGGUGCUGUGCCUCUACGAGCUCUCCAAGGAGCUGAGCUGUUCCUUCGGGGAGGUGUCGGCGCGGGAGCCGCGGGAGGUGCUGGGGGCCAUCCUGGCCCGGCGGGGGCCGGAGCGCAGCCGCAGAGCCCAGGCCUUCAUCACCUGCCAGGGGCUGUCCCCUGCCACUGUGGCACCACUGCUGGCACAGCAGAUCACCCAGGAGCUGCUGGCCUCGGCACAGGGAAAAGGGCAGAAGCAGGUUUGGAACCCUGCAGUGGAGAGCCAGGCACUCCUGCAGCUUGCCAAGCUGUGCCAGGAUCACACCUUGGUUGGGAUGAAGUUACUGGAUAAAAUCUCCUCUGUCCCCAGUGGGGAGCUGUCCUGCAUCACAGAGCUGCUGAUCCUGGCCCACAGCUGCUUCAGCCUGACGUGCCACAUGGAGGGGAUCACACGCGUGCUGCAGGCGGCUCGGCUGCUCACCGAGGAGCACCUGGCUCCCAGGGAGGAGUAUGGGCUGGUGGUGCGGCUGCUGACCGGCAUCGGCAGGUACAAUGAGAUGACCUACAUCUUCGAGCUGCUGCACCACAAACACUACUUCGAGGUGCUCAUGAGGAAGAAACUGGACCCGAGCGGGACGCUGAAGGUGGCGCUGCUGGACUACACCAAGCGCUGCCGGCCCGGAGACAGCGAGAAGCACAACAUGAUUGCGCUGUGCUUCAGCAUGUGCAGGGAGAUCGGCCAGAACCACGAGGCUGCUGCCUCCACCCAGCUCAAACUCAUCGAGUGCCGGCCCUGGGAGGAGUCUCUUCAGGAUGUUGCAAAUUUAAAGAAGCUGCUGCUGAAAGCUCUGACUCUCUUCAUUGAUGCAGCAGAAAGUUACUCCAAGGACUCGUGUGUGCGGCAGGCGCUGCGCUGCCGCCGCCUGACGCGGCUCAUCACGCUGCAGCUGCACUUCCUGGCCUUGGGCCAGAGCACCAGGAUCAUCAACCUGGGCAGGCAGGACCUGCCUGGAGCCAUCCUGGCCCUGCCCAGGUUCUACCAGGCAGCCAUCGUGGCCGAGGCCUACGAGUUCCUGCCGGACUGGGCUGAGGUUCUGUUCCAGCAGGUGAUCACCAGGGGUGACUUCGUGUACCUGGAGGAGUUCAAGCAGCAGCGGCCACUGCGGCCCAGCCUGUUCGAGGAGGUGGCCAAGAGGGUCCAGCAGCAUCCCCCUGCUGACGCUGCCCUGAGGAACCUGAAGCGGUUCCUCACCCACUGUGAGGACAUCUACACCUACUACAGGCUGGCCUACGACCACAAGUUCUAUGAUGUGGUGAACUCCCUGCUGAAGGACCCUCAGACUGGCUGCUGCCUCAACGACCUCUUAUCCAACUGAAUUCCAGCCAAAUUCCAGCCCAGGGUCAGUGCUGAUUGACACAGAUUUUAUCAGUGACCUGCACCCAGGGCACUGCUGCUCUGCAAAAGUUACUCCAGAAAAAUGGACAGGGUUGUAAAUAUUUAAAAUGCUGAAACUGUUAACCUGAAAUAGUGUUUUGUAUAAUAAAUCUGUUUAUAAAUUA